GUGCAGCGGCGUCCGCGUCAAAGUUCUUCCACUUUAACAUUCGGUUGCGCGCCGUUGUACGAGACGGUCGCACAAUUUUCGUGCCAUAAACAUCGUAAUUUUUUUCAUUUAUUUACGUCUAAACGCAUCAGACGCCACACCUCGAAUACGAACCCAGCAACUGCCCAAUACAAUUAAAUAGUUGAAACCAACAACAAAAUAACCGAAUAGCUGCCAAAUAUCCCGUACACGCACACACACGCGUGCGCGCACACAAACACACAAACGAUAUGGGAUCAACGGGAUCCCAAACGGCCGCGACGUUGCGGCAGCGACACGCGCUGUCGCUGCUCUGGCGCCUCUUCGCCGUUGUCCUCGUUCUGAACGCCUGCCAUGUACCGCUGCUGAAUGCCAAGCAAAUCUCAAACCUCGAGGACAAUGACAAAAUGUUUUUCGAUGUGGAGGAUCAGACGCCAUUCACGGGGUCUGACAACCUGCAGUCGUAUGCGCCUCUGAUCGAUGACUCCCCCGUGGAGGGCAACUGGUUCCAUCAGGGCGUCAAGCGUGUGCGUCGCGAGCUCACCCGGCUCUUUGGCAACAGCGAUGUCCAUCACAGGCAGAAGCGCGCCAAGAAUCCGGCUGUGCAAAAGGCCAAGCGACAGAAUCGUAUGAUGACCCGGAAGCGGGCAUCCGACGAUUAUGAGAGCGAAAUUGGCUCCGGAACCUAUGGCGUGGAGACCGUUAUAUACCGCACACGAUUCACCGUCAACGAGCCGUACUCGAACGACUUCAGUGAUAAACAGAGCGAGCAGUUCCUCAAUCUAACCGAGGAGAUCAGCCUGGGACUGCGCGAUCUCUUCCGGCGCAGCUACGAGAACGACGACGAUGAAGUGGACUUGCGCAGCACUUUGCUGCAAGUCGGGCCCACGAACGACAAGUACAAGAGCUAUGUGAUCGUCAACCUGGAGAUUCCCACCAAUGUGGUUGAUUUUGAGAGUAAGCUGCGCGAACAGCUGCAGAACUAUAAUCGCAUUGGCAACCAGAGCGCCUCCCUGGACGACGAUUUCUACUUCCGCUUGACACUGGAUAACCAGUGCAGCAAUCCGCGGGAAUUCGAUAUUGAGGAAUUCACCUGCGAGUCCGGCGAAAUCGAGAGCAUACCCUGUGCGAAAAUAUGCAAUCAGCGUGCCGACUGUGACGACGGCUCCGAUGAGAGCGAGGAGAUGUGCCUGAAUCGCCGCUUUCCGAAUCCCUAUGCAGCAUCGAAGGGUACGCAGAGCCCGUCCUAUGCGGAUAGGGACAACGAUGCCGACAAUGACGUGGAUGCAGUUGAUGAGGAUGGCGAUUUGGAUGAUGAUGGCGAUGCGGAUGUCGAUGGUGAUGCCGAUCUGGAUGAGGAUCAAUGCUUGUCAUUGGAUCAGCCAUUCCAGUGCAUCAGCGGCCGGCCAUAUCAGAUUUCCUGCGCAGACAUCUGCAACGGCUACAACGACUGCGAAGAUGGCUCCGAUGAGAACCAGGAGAUGUGCGAUCGCCGCAACAAUCCCGGUCUCUACAAUAAGAAUGUCCCCGACUGUGAGGAGGACUUCCAGUGCGAGUCGGGUGACAAGCUGAGCACAUCCUGUCACAAUGUCUGCAAUGGCCGCGCCGAUUGCGACGAUGGCUCCGAUGAGGAUCCCGCCCGCUGUGCCGGUCGCCCUACCCAGGCCACCAGCAGCAAUUCCAGCGGUACCCGCCAGGAUUACUGCGUCAAGGAUGCGUUCUUCCAAUGUCGCAGUGGCUCCAUCCCGAAUAUACCCUGUUACGAUAUCUGCAAUGGGCGCGUUGACUGUGACGACGGCUCCGAUGAGGAGGCCGAUCUAUGCCGUCAAAACGUUCUCACCUUAGAGCCAACUUGCACCGGCGAGGGCGAGAAUCGAGUGUGCCAAUAUGCCCGUCCCAACAAGGAUCCUAACGCCCCUGAAACGCCUGAACCAACAGACGAAGAAGAUGGCUCCGGCGAACCAGAGUGCCGCGGCGAUGCGACAUUCUUCUGUUACCGCUCCAAAACGCGCGUUUGCGACGAAAUGACAUGCGAUUCGAAAAAAGACUGUCCGCACGGCGAAGAUGAGGAGGAUUGCGCCAAGGUUUGCACCGAUGAAGAGUUCAAGUGCGACGAUACCUGUUUGCCCCUGCAAAUGCGUUGCGAUGGCCAAACGCAAUGUAGGGAUCAGACUGACGAGGCUGGCUGCCCCCCGAAAGACAUUGAGCAGCCCGAUAUCGAUCAAGACCAAGAUCAAGAUCAAGAAAAUGAACACGAACAAGAGCCAGAUAGAGAUCGUGAACAAGAUCGUCCGCGCAUACCCGACUCCCCGCCACAAGAGUGCAACGCCAAUGAGUACAGAUGCCGCAAUGGAAAGUGUAUCGAUAACAGCAAAGUCUGCAACUAUGUCGUGGAUUGUGCCGAUGGCGAAGAUGAGGGCGAUGACUGCCCCGCCGCCUGCAGCGGCAUGGAGUAUCAAUGUCGCGAUGGCACCCGCUGCAUCAGCGUCAGCCAGCAAUGCGAUGGCCACGCCGAUUGCAGUGAUGCCGACGAUGAGGAGCAAUGCGAUGGAAUUGUGCCAAGGCUGCGCUACACGUGCCCCAAGGGCAAAUUCACCUGUCGCGAUCUCAGCUGCAUUUCGAUCGUGCAUCGCUGCGAUGGACGCGCCGAUUGUCCGCACGAUCGCUCCGACGAGGAGGGCUGCCCCUGUCUGUACGACAAAUGGCAGUGCGAUGAUGGCACUUGCAUUGCCAAGGAGCUGCUCUGCAAUGGCAAUAUCGAUUGCCCCGAGGAUAUAUCCGACGAGCGCUAUUGCGAUGGUGGCUACGAUGCCGAUCAGUGUCUGUACAAUGAGUUCCGCUGCAGGAACGGUGAGUGCAUACCGAUGCGUCAGGUGUGCGAUAACAUCUACGAUUGUAACGAUUAUACAGACGAGGAAGACUGCGAUCCGAACGAUAUCGGAAACAACAUCGAUGACGAUGUGAUCGAUCGUGAUGGUAUUAUACGCCAAUAUGGAGACCAUCGCCAUCCUCCGCCGGCUCCUGGCCGCGAUAACGAGAGAAAUAGACAUAACGAUGGCUUGCACAAGCUCGAUGCGGAAGAGUACGAGCUGUACUAUCCGCAGGAUCAUUACGCAAAAGCAACUCCCCAAAAGCCGUGCGAUGCCGAUCACUUCAAAUGCCAGAAUAACGUUUGCAUUCCGAUCCGCUUACGCUGCGAUGGGUUCCACCACUGCAACGAUCGGAGUGACGAAGCUGAUUGCGAUCGAUAUAGGCCUCCAACAACCACCAGGCGACCCGUAACGCUUGCGCCCACGCGCUAUCCCUGGGUAACAUAUGGGCCCGCCCCACUGGAGCGACUGACAACGGCUGCGCCGCCAUUAUUUAGAGUAACACCGGCUGCCACGCGUCCCACCACUAACCCAAUACCAAUAACAACGAGAGGAGUUGCAUCGAACAGCUCAUCAUCAUCAUCAUCAUCGUCAUCACCAUCAUUGGGCAGCAAUUGCCUCGAAAACAUUGAAUUCGCGUGUCACAAUCGCGAUUGCAUUCCGAUUGAGAGCGUCUGCGAUGGCAUUCCCGACUGCCAAGAGCACGAGGACGAGGACUAUACGCUCUGCAAUUGCAGCGCUGACAAGUACAAAUGUGUGAGGGGCGGCGGUUGCAUACCCAAGACUCAAGUCUGCGAUGGCAAAUCUCAGUGCCGCGAUGGUAGUGAUGAGAGCGCAUGCCACUUUCAUGCCAAAUUUAAUCUGAGCCGCCCGAUCGUCGAAUGCCAGAGCUUUCAAUAUCAAUGCGGGGACGGAAGCUGCAUUUCUGGCUAUAAGCGCUGCAAUGGCAUCACCGACUGCGCUGACAGCGCCGAUGAGUACAACUGUCUGAUCAAUUACGAUACGAACUACGACAGUGACUCAGACACAGACAAUGAUAAUGAUCCCUUGAAUGAGUGCGAUCUGUACUACUUUGAAUGUGACUUUGGUCAGUGCAUACCCUUAGAGAAGAAGUGCGACGGCUAUGCGGACUGUCAAGAUGAAACGGAUGAGCUCGAUUGUCCGGCCUUUACAGAGCAUUGUCUAGAGCACGAAUUCGAGUGCGAUGAUUACUGUAUACCGCGCGAUCAGCUCUGCGACGGUAUUGUCAACUGCAACGAUGGCAACGACGAACGCAACUGUACAUCAUGUCGCAAUGAGGCCUAUCUCUGCAACACGGGCGAUUGCAUUGCAGCCAAGCUGCAUUGCAAUGGCAUCGCGGACUGUUCCGAUGGCAGCGAUGAGCUCAACUGUGGUAGCAGCUGUGCGAUAAAUCAAAUCGCCUGUAACGGCGCCUGCCUCGAUUGGUCGCUGCGCUGCGAUGGUAUACGCGAUUGCGACAAUGGCGUCGAUGAGCUCGAUUGUCCGGCUGGCAGCAAGCAUUUUAGAAAUACAACAGUUAGGAAAUGCCAACCAUAUCAAUGGCAGUGCUCAAACUCUGAAUGUAUUAACGCCGAUUUUUUGUGUGACAAACAUGCCGAUUGCACGGACGAAUCGGAUGAAUUGCCGAGUAGAUGCUUGGGACAGGCCACCGAUCGAUUGACCGCGAAUGACUGCCGACGAGAUCAGUUCUUUUGCGAUGAGUCGUGCUUUGAUCGUUCGAUAUUGUGCGACGGAAAUAUCGAUUGCAUCGACCGCAGCGAUGAGCGCGACUGCCAUUUGCAUACCACACGUCAUCCAUUGUAUCCGCCACUACCCUGUCCACAGCACACGUGCCCCAGUGGCAGAUGCUACACGGAAAGCGAACGCUGCGACGGUCGUCGCCAUUGCGAAGACAGCUCCGAUGAGGCCAACUGCUGCGCUUCGGAUCAGUUCCGUUGCCGGGAUGGGAAUUGUGUGUCCCAGGACGACGUCUGCAAUGGAAUCAGACAGUGCAUGGAUGGCUCGGACGAGGAGAACUGCGACAUACUGCAAUGCCAGCAUAAUCAGUUCCGCUGCCGGAACGGACAGUGUGUGAGCCUGACCGCUCGGUGCAACGGCAAGACCGAUUGCCAGGAUAGCUCCGAUGAGAGCAAUUGUGGUCAUCAACAUUUAGCUAGCUACAGGCCUGCAUCGCCAACAACCACCACCACCACCACCGCCACCACAACGACAACCACAACGGUGGCGCCAACGACAACUACAGUGCUGCCUGUGGGGCCAUUGCGCAUUAUUUGCCCACCCACCGCGUUCCGGUGUGAGAAUGGUCCUUGCAUAGCGCUCACAGCGCGCUGCAAUGGUGUUAUCGAUUGUCCGUUCGAUGCCAGCGAUGAGCUGGACUGUGAGCCCAUCACUAAUGAAAUCGAUACAUCCGAUACCUCUCCUGCUGGUCGCAGCCAGUUGAACCUGAAGACCUACCCGGACAGCCAGAUCAUCAAAGAAAGUCGCGAGGUCAUCUUCCGCUGCCGUGACGAGGGUCCAGCCCGUGCCAAGGUCAGGUGGACACGCCCCGGCGGUCGCCCAUUGCCUGUUGGCUUCUCCGACAAGGGAGGACGUCUGGAAAUACCCAACAUACGCGUGGAGGACUCUGGCACCUAUGUGUGCGAAGCUGUUGGCUACCCGAGCUACAUUCAGGGCCAACAAGUGACCGUCCAUCUGACUGUCGAACGCUUCAAUAUCGACGAACACGAACGCCCACCGACAGCCUGUACCGAAUACCAGGCGACCUGCAUGAACAGCGAAUGCAUUGACAAGUCGGAGAUUUGCGAUGGCGUGCCCAACUGCUCGGAUGGAUCCGAUGAGCACCGAUGCAGCCACGGACGCAGAUGCCAGCCCAAUCAGUUCUUGUGCAGAAACACCAAAUGCGUGGAGCGCACAUGGCGCUGCGACGGCGAAGACGAUUGCGGUGAUAAUUCCGACGAAGAGUCCUGCGAUCCCGAGCCCAGUGGUGCGCCCUGCCGCUACGACGAAUUCCAAUGCUCCACCGGUCACUGUGUACCCAAGAGCUUCCACUGCGACGGCAUCAACGAUUGCCGUGAUGGCAGCGAUGAGUUCGGCUGCACGGACCCGAAGCCACUGAGAAAACCACCACCGAUGCAGUCGUUGCUGGAGGGACAGUCCUUGAACUUGACUUGCACGGGUACGGGUGUGCCAGUUCCGACGAUCAUUUGGCGUCUCAACUGGGGUCAUGUGCCUGACCAGUGCACGUUCACGAGCUCGAACGGUCGCGGUGAUCUCUAUUGCCCCAACAUGCAGUACAAGGACAGCGGCGCCUACUCUUGCGAAAUAAUGAAUACGCGCGGCACCAUCUUCGUAACGCCCGAUACCAUAGUGAAGGUGAUACCUGAUCGCAAUCAGGUCUGUGAGGCUGGCUUCUUCAAUAUGCUGGCACGUUCCACCGAGGAGUGCAUCAAGUGCUUCUGCUUCGGUGUGGCCAGCUCCUGCGAUAGCGCCAAUCUGUUCACCUAUGCCAUACAGCCACCAAUCCUGUCGCACCGCGUCGUCACCGUCGAUCUGACGCCCUAUCAGCAGAUCGUCAUCAACGAGGGCAGCGGACACUCUCUGCUUACGCUCCAUCAUGGUGUGCAGUUCCGUGCCUCCGACGUGCAAUACAAUAGCCGCGAAACACCCUACCUGGCCCUGCCCAGCGAGUACAUGGGCAAUCAGCUGAAGUCCUAUGGCGGCGAGCUUCGUUAUGAGGUCAACUAUUUGGGCAGUGGACGUCCCAUUUCUGGACCCGAUGCCAUCAUCACCGGCAACGGUUUCAUACUCACCAAUCGCGUGCGCACCCAGGCCAACAUACUGAACAAGGUGAAGAUCAGCUUCCUGCCAGGCAAUUGGCUGAAGCCCGACGGUCGCAAGGCCACACGGGAGGAGAUCAUGAUGAUACUGGCCAAUGUGGACAACAUUCUGAUACGUCUCGGCUAUAUUGAUUCGGUGGCACGCGAAGUGGAGCUAACCAACAUUGCCAUGGACUCGGCUGGCACCACGGAUCAGGGUCUGGGAAGUGCCUCGCUGGUUGAGAAAUGUAACUGCCCACCUGGCUAUAUUGGGGAUUCAUGUGAAAGCUGUGCACCUGGAUUUGUACGCCAGCCGGGCGGUCCCUGGCUGGGUCGCUGUGUACCCUUCGUGCCCGAGCUCUGCCCGGCCGGCACCUUCGGUGAUCCGCGCCAUGGAAUACCCUGCAGCGAGUGCCCCUGCCCGCACACCGGCACCAAUAACUUUGCCAACGGCUGCAAGCUAAGUCCCGACAACGAUGUCAUCUGCAACUGUCACGAGGGCUAUGAGGGCAGACGCUGUGAGAGCUGUGCCGCCGGUUAUCAGGGUAACCCAUUGAUUCCGGGCGGUGCCUGCCACAAGACACCCGAAUCGCAGUGCAACAUCGAGGGCACCUACAACCAGAACGCCGAUGGCAGCUGCGACUGCAAGGCCCUGGUCACCGGAGAUCGUUGCGACACCUGUGCACAGAACAGCUUCCACUUGAAUUCCUUCACCUAUUCCGGCUGCAUUGAGUGCUUCUGCAGCGGCCUGCAGGCGGAGUGUACCAGCACCUCGUGGUAUCGCGAGCAGGUCAGCAGCAGUUUCGGCCACUCUCAUGUGCCACAUGGCUUCCAGCUUGUGCGCGACUACACGCUGGCCAGCCCUCAGUCCGUGCCCUUCGAUACGCUUUCCAAUGAGAUUAGCUUCAGGUCCGGUUCGGAAUACAGCGCCGACACCCUGUACUGGAGCCUGCCCGCCCCCUUCCUGGGCAACAAACUGACCGCCUAUGGCGGACGUCUCAACUACACCCUCAGCUACAGCCCACUGCCCGGCGGCCAGAUGUCGCGCAACAGCGCACCCGAUGUGGUCAUCAAGAGCGGCGAGGAUCUAACCCUCAUUCAUUUCCGCAAAGCAGCCGUCAGUCCCAGCACCUCGAACUCAUACGCCGUGCCGAUCAUUGAGAGCGCUUGGCAGCGCAUAGACGGCGAAGCCACCAAUCGCGAGCAUCUGUUGAUGGCGCUCAGCAAGAUCGAUGCCAUCUACAUCAAGGCCACCUACACCACCAGCACCAUGGAGGGAUCCCUCAAGCAGGUCGUCAUGGACGUGGCCACCUCAAAUGGCUACGGCACCCAGCGCGCCCUUGAAGUGGAGGAAUGCCGUUGUCCCCAGGGCUACAUUGGACUAUCCUGCGAGCGUUGCGCACCCGGCUACAAGCGCAAUGUCGAAGGCGGCCUCUACCUGGGCUUGUGCGAGCCUUGCGAGUGCAAUGGUCAUUCCACGCAAUGCGAUGCCGAAUCUGGCGAGUGCCUGAGCUGCGCUGACAACACCGAGGGCGAGAACUGUGAUCGCUGUGCCGCCGGCUAUGUGGGCGAUGCCACUCGUGGCACGCCCUAUGACUGCCAGCCGGACAACAAUGGGCCACAGCCGCCGCAACCGCCCCAGCCGACGCCAGACGAUCAGCGCGAAUGCCAAUGGUGCAACAGAGACGGCACAGAGGAUUGCCGCAACGGUGUCUGCUACUGCAGGCGCAACGUGGUCGGCGCACGCUGCGACCAGUGCCGUCCGAACACCUUCGGCCUGGCCUCCAGCAAUCCGGACGGAUGCAAGGACUGCUUCUGCUCGGGCCAUUCGUCUCAGUGCCGUUCCGCCGUGGCUUAUCGCCAGCUAAUCGCCAUCGACUUCAUUAGCAACAAGGCUCUGAUCACGGACGAAUACGGACAGCAAAUGGAAAUGGACGAUAGCAACCUCAAAAAGGACAUUCCCACCAACAUGUACACCUACACCUAUCCGUCGUACUCGACCAAGUACUGGAGUCUGCGCGGCAAUGUCCAAGGCAACCAACUGCACGCCUAUGGCGGCUACUUGAAAUAUACCCUGGUCGCCGAGUCCUUCGGCGACUAUCAGCCCGGCAACGAUGUGGUGCUUAUUGGCAAUGGCGUGCGCCUGGUCUGGUCCCGACCGGCGAAGGAUUCCCAGCUCAACGAGUACAGUGUGCGCCUCAGCGAGGAGGAGCAGUGGCUGCGCUUGGACAGUGGCAGCGCCGUACCCGCCUCCCGACACGACAUCAUGAGCGUUCUGGUCAAUAUCGAGCAUCUGCUUAUUCGUGCCACACCCAAAAUCCCCACCACUCGCACCUCCAUUAGCGAUGUGACCUGGGAACUGUCAUUGGACGCAGAUCAGCCCGGCGCCGAGCUCGUAACGGACAUCGAGCUGUGCCAAUGCCCGGCCGGCUACACGGGCAACUCCUGCGAGAACUGCGCUCCGCUCCACUAUCGCGAGGAGAACGGCCAGUGCCGCAGCUGUCCAUGCCAGGAGGAGAACACCCAGAGCUGCUACCUGGGCAGCAGCGGCUACGUCGAGUGCCAGUGCAAGCAGAAUUUCAAGGGCGAUCGUUGCCAGGACUUCGACACAUCGCGCAUGAUUGAAGAGCCGCCCAAGCUAUGCGAUAUAUACAGGGGAUACUGUUGCAACGGCUUUCGGUUCGAUAUUGAGCCCAACGAGACAAUAUCGUAUAAUGACACUCUGCUGAUUUAUAAGGGCAACAGAGUGAUAGGAAAUAUAACGAAACUGCGCAACGGCUGCCAUCAGCGAGACUAUGGAAUACCAGAGCCAUCAACCACUGAACAGCCCGACAAUAUACGCAGUCAAAUAAUCGUAUCGAUAUCGAAGCCACAGAUCACGAUAAUGCCCGUCGGUGGCUCGAUCUCGCUGCACUGCAACGGUCGCAUGAAGUGGAAUAAUAAUCCUGUUGUCGUUAGCUGGUACAAGCAGAACAGCCAAUUGCCCAACACAGCCGAGAUCUCCGGCGGAGUUCUGCGUCUCUAUAAUAUGCAAGUGCCCGACUCUGGCGUCUACAUCUGCCGUGCUGUCAACAACCAGACCUCUCGCGCCUACGAGGACAUGGUCUCCAUAACCAUAACACCGCAUUCCCAACGCUCGCGCGCUCAGAUUGUCAAUCUGCCGCAGACGGUGACCUUCAAUGAAUACGUUCCCAACGAGAUCAACUGCGAGGUGGAGGGCAAUCCUGCACCCGUAGUCAUCUGGACCCGCAUCGAUGGCCAAGCGGACGGAAACACGCGCACGGAUGGCUCACGCUUGAUAUUCGAGUCGCCACGUAAAUCGGACGAGGGACGCUAUCGCUGCCAGGCGCGUAACGAUCUGAAUGUCGAUGAGAAAUAUGUGCAGGUCUAUGUCGUGGGUAAUGCACCGCAGCCACAGCCCCCAGCACGGGAACGGCUCUACAUACAGCCGGAGAACUACAACGGCGAGUCUGGCGACAUAAUUCGCUUCGUUUGCCAAUCGACCAGCGGCGCCCAGCUGCACUAUGAGUGGCUGCACGAUGGCUAUCCACUGAAUGUCCCGCAGUCGUCGCACGUUAUCAUUAGCGGAGAUACGCUAGAGAUUCGAGAUGCUACCACCCGGGAUAAUGGAGUCUACACGUGCGUUGGCAUCGAUUUGAGGACGCAUCGCAACUAUACCGAAGAUGCGCGCGUCUAUAUCGAAGAACGCCAACAGCCUCCCAUCGGCAAUGGCGUUGUUCCCCGUAUUGUACGACUCAAGGAGGAAUACGUCAUAUAUCAGGGAAGUGACUUGAGCAUUACUUGCGAAUCGACCGGCUCUCCCUACCCUAGCAUUAAAUGGAUGAAGGUGCGCGACUCAAUGCCCUCGAAUGUCCAAAUCACGGGCAAUGUUCUGCGCAUUCACAAUGCCAUGAUAGAGAAUCGUGGCUGGUAUGUGUGCACGGCCGAGAAUGCCCUUGGUACAGAUCAAUCAAACACUCAUAUCGAUGUUGAACCUCGGGAGCGACCGAGCGUUGAGAUAGAGCCAAUAAGGACGCUCACCGUCGGCGAACAGGGAGUACUUUAUUGUCGCGCCCAUGGCAUACCCGAGCCGACGGUGCAGUGGCGCCGCGUCGACGAUGCACCACUCUCGUCCCGACACAUCGAGCAGCACCCGGGCUACGUACUCAUCAAUGAAGUACAGUUAGCGGAUAGCGGUGACUACGAGUGCUCGGCCGUGAACAGCGUUGGACGCACCACAGGCGUUGUGACGAUACGCGUAAUAGAGCCACCGGUGAUCGAAUUGGAGCCGAACGAAUCCCUCAUACAGUACACCGAGGGCGACGAGGUGCGCAUUACGUGCAUUGCGAGCGGCACACCGAACCCGACCGUGCAAUGGGACGACCAGCCGGUUGUUUAUGCGCUGGAUAAUCGCCAGGUUGGCUCGAACACCGCCUACUUGAAUAUCAAUCGGGUGACACAGGCGGAUGCCAAGGUCUAUGUCUGCAAGGCCACGAAUGAGGCGGGCAGCGAUGAGCGGGCCGUACGCAUCGAUGUGAAGCCCAAGCGAGGUGACAUCGGUGAUCGCGAUGGCGAUGUGGAGCGCGAUCCCUAUCUGCCGCAAUACUAUCCACCCCAGCGUCCCAGCUCGGACACUCAGCGUUUCCCCACCCACCUGGGCGCUAAUGUGACCCUCACCUGCAACCUGGAUCCCUAUCUGAACACCAAAUGGACGCGCGUUGAUGGACAGCCGCUGCUGCCAAAUGCUCGCUCCGAGCACAAUAAACUGACGAUCACAUUCGUUGAGGAGCACAAUCUCGGCCAAUAUCGCUGCAAUGCCAUGGAUCAUCGGGGCACCAUUGUUACGUAUCUCGUGCGCGAAUUGGUGCGGUCGCCACUGCCACAGAUCACCUUCCGUCCCAACAUCCCACUCGAGGUGGAGGCCGAUCGCAAUGUCGAGAUCUACUGCGAUGUGAUAGGCGCCCGGCCCGAGGACGUGAAAUGGACCACCGAAAAUAACCGACCACUGCCUAGCUCCGUGCACAUCGAGGGACAGCUGUUGCGCUUCAUAGCCAUAACACCGGCCGAUGCGGGCGGCUACAGCUGCACGGCGUCGAACGAAUACGGAAACAUCAGCAAGAUCGCCCAGGUGGUUGUGCGUCCGCCGGCCACCUACACGCAGCAGCCGAUAUCGAUGCAGCAGCAGCGCCGCGAGGGCGAGAGCAUCCAGAUGCGUUGCACUGUGACGACGCAACGUGGCGAGCAGCGCUCCAACACGCAGUUCCACUGGACUCGCGAGGACCGACAGCCGCUGCCCAACAAUGCUCGCGCCGACAGCCAGAUCCUGAUAUUGACAUCGUUGCGCCUGGAGGAUGCCGGUCGCUACAUCUGCGACUCGUACGACAUCAACACCGGACAGCGCUUACCGCCCACCUACGUCGAUUUGAGUGUACAGCAAAACAAUUAUAGCUUGUAUAGGGGCGGCCAAGAUUUUCCCUGCGUUGUUCUAUAUAUAUGCGCAGAUUUCAAACUAAACAAAAUGACGCCAUCCAAACCGCUGGCCACGCCCCCGCGUGCCCCACCCCCCAGCACAUACGCCUGCCAAGCGACAGACUUCAAGUGCGUCUCCCACCCACACACGUGCAUCAAGGCGAGCAUGGUCUGCGACGGCAUCUACGACUGUACGGAUCAUUCGGACGAGUUCAACUGUAGCCGCGAUCUGGCUGCCAAGACAAUUGGCCGGCCCACAACUGGCGUGGGCCUGGGCGUAGGCGUUAGCCAUGGACCGGGCAACACUUUCAAGCGCUGGAAGAAGAGCUGGAGGAAGCAUCAGCCCUGGCAGCAGCAGGCAGAUAAACAGCAACGAGUUGGGCAGCCAAAGGCCAAAGGCUUCUUCGCGGGCAUGACCCAACCGAGCGCCUACCUGCCGCCCUCGCGGCCAACGCCCCCACCAGAGCCAGUGGUGCCACGUGACUACAGCCUGAAGCUGGAUCAGCAAUCAUCGAAAUUGCACGUUGGCGAAUCGACCGAAGUUGAGUGCUAUUCCUCGGACAACAGCUACACGGAUGUGAUCUGGGAACGUUCCGAUGGUGUGCCGCUCUCCGCCAAUAUUCAGCAAGUGGGCAACCGUCUGGUCAUCAAUCAAGUGACAGCUGCGGAUGCGGGCAACUAUGUGUGCAAAUGCCGUACGGAUGAUGGUGAUCUCUAUACGACCAGCUAUGAGCUGGCCAUCGAGGAGCAGCCCCAUGAGCUGCGUCGUCCGAAGAUCGUGCAUGCCAAUGUCGGUGAUCAAGCCCAGCUGAGCUGCGGCGCCGAUGAAAGUCGUCAGCCCACUUACCGCUGGUCACGCCAAUACGGACAAAUGCAAUCUGGACGCGAUCUGCUCAGCAGUGAACUGUCGCUGCGGGGCGUGCAGGCGAACGAUGCAGGCAGCUACAUCUGCACAGCCGUCUAUAACGAUGGCGAGUCCGUGGACUAUCCGAGCAUUUUGGUCAUCACGGGAGUCAUCCCACAAUUUAGUCAGCAGCCACUGAGCUACAUGAGUUUCCCCACUCUGCCAGACUCCUCGUUCAACUUCAACUUUGAGAUCACCUUCCGGCCGGAAUCCGCCAACGGCGUGAUCCUCUUCAAUGGCCAAACGCGUGGAGCGGGCGAUUACAUUGCGCUCUCGCUGAAGGACCGUUAUGUGGAGUUCCGUUUCGACUUUGGCGGCAAGCCGAUGGUGGUGCGCGCCGAGCAGCCCGUGGAGCUGAACGAAUGGCAUACGGCACGUGUGCACCGCGCACGUCGCGACGGCUACAUUCAGCUGGACGAACAGCAUCCGGUCGCCUUCCCCACACUCACCCAAAUACCACAGCUGGAGCUCAUCGAGGAUCUGUAUAUUGGCGGCGUGCCCAACUGGAAUCAGCUGCCCGCCGAGGCGGUGGCACACCAAACGGGCUUCGUUGGCUGCAUUAGCCGCCUAACGCUCCAGGGACGCACCAUUGAGCUCAUGAAGGACGCCAAGCUGAAGGAGGGCAUCACCAGCUGCAAGCCUUGCGCCGCAUCGCCCUGCGCCAACGGCGGCAUCUGCCUGGAAAGCCAAACGGAACUCGCCUACACCUGUGUCUGCCAGCAGGGCUGGACCGGCCGCAACUGCGCCGUCGAAGGUACCCAAUGCACUCCGGGCCUGUGCGGUGCCGGACGUUGUGAAAACACCGAGCUGGACAUGGAAUGCCUCUGCCCACUCAAUCGCACCGGCGAUCGCUGUCAGUACAUGGAACACCUAAACGAACACAGUCUCAACUUCAAGCGAAACAGCUAUGCAGCCUACAAUACACCUCGUGUAUCGCGCAUAAAUGUGACUCUAUCGCUGCGUCCAUCCAGCUUGCGGGAUGCGGUGCUGCUGUACACGGCCGAGUCGAAGCUGCCCAGCGGCGAUUACGUGGCGCUCGUGCUGCGCGACGGUCAUGUGGAGCUGAUCAUCAAUACGGCUGCGCGCCUUAAGCCUGUCGUGGUGCGCUCCCAGAAACCGCUGCCACUGCACAGAUGGACACGAGUCGAGCUGCUGCGUCGCCAGGGCGAGAGCAUUCUGCGUGUGGGCGAUGAGCCGGAGCAGAGGGCCAAGGCGGCCGGUGCACCACGCACCCUCUCGCUGAAGACGCCGCUGUAUGUGGGCGGCUAUGAUCGGGCCACGGUCAAGAUCAAUCGGGAUGUGAACAUCACCGAAGGCUUCGAUGGCUGCAUUUCGCACCUCUACGACUCGAUGCGUCCCAUCCAAUUGCUGGCUGCCAUCAAGGAUGCGGCCAACCUGCAGAAUUGCGGCGAGCUCAAUGAGAUCGGGAGCAACGACUUCGAUGGCGAGCUACCCGCGGUGCCUGUGGCUCCGACAAGCAACAGUCGCGUCGCGGAGGAGCAGCAGCCCUAUGCGAUGUCGCCCUGUGCCAACGAGCCCUGCGAGAACGGCGGCACCUGCCAGGAGGUGGAGCAGCAGGCGAUCUGCGCCUGCAGCCUGGGCUACAGCGGCAAGCACUGCGAGGAGCACAUCCAAGUGAGCUUCAAUGCCUCGUUCCGCGGCAAUGGGUACCUGGAGGUGGAUCGCAGCCAGUUUAGCUCGGAGAUAGACCAACAGUACACCUCGGCAGUGGUGGUGUUCUCCACCAGCAAGCCCAACGGCCUGCUGCUCUGGUGGGGCCAGAAAUCUGGAGAGGAAUUCACCGGCCAGGACUUCAUAGCCCUCGCCGUCGUCGAUGGCUUUGUGGAGUACGCUCUGCGCCUGGACGGCGAAGAGGUGGUCAUACGCAAUGGCGACACGCCCGUGGACGAUGGCCAGCGCCAUAUAGUGCUUGUGAAGCGUGCGGACAACACUGCCAUACUCGAGGUCGAUCGCAUAUCCGACUCCGGCGAGACGCGACCCACCAGCAAAAAGGAGAUGCAUCUGCCGGGCAAUGUGUUCAUUGGUGGCAUUCCGAACAUUUCACGUUUCACGGGCAAACGCUAUACGCACAACUUCAACGGCUGCAUUGUCUUUGUGGAGGGCGAUGCCGUUGGCCAGGUCAAUCUGGGCAAGGCCUCUGUCAGUGGCGUCAACGUGGAUACCUGUCCUGUUAACGAUGAGGCCCUGGGUGGCACCGAACCACCUGUCGUUUGAGGCAAUAUACCAAGCACAACAGCAACAACAACAA